CUCAUGCAGCUGCAAGCGGCUGUCCUCUCGAUGCUGGCGCUGGCCGCGCAUGCCUACACGACGCUGCCCUUUGACGGCUGGUACGCGUGCAGCAUGAACUCGAUCGGCAGCGGCUACAGCAUGGCGCAGAUGGCGGCGACCAAGAGCCACCUACCCCGCGUGCAUCUGGAAGCCGACGCCUUGGGCGGCCAGCGCCGCCUCGACGCCACGACGGGCUACGAGUGCGGGCAGUUUGAGCUCCCGUUGUGCCACAAGGAGGUCUGCACCGAUCCGCGCGGCCAGACCAUCGAUGUUUUUGUCAAGCGAAAGCUGGCCAACCCGGCCAAGGUUACCAUUGGCACCGAGAAGGUGUUGUGGGUGCUCCAAGGCGGCCCUGGCGACUCGUCCACUGCCAUGGAGACGCUCAUGGCCAACUUGUACUUUGAGAUGAACGAGACCGUAACCUUGUACACGAUGGACCACCGAGGCACGGGUCGCAGCAACCGCCUCGAGUGCAACGCCGCGGCGAGCAUGCAAUCGGGCAGUCCGGGCGGCGUGAGCAUCACCGACGAAGAGUACCCCAACUGCAUCAAGGACAUUUUGUUCCAGAUCCAAAACCACACUGAAGCCUUCUCCGUUACGAGCGCCGCGUACGACAUCAAGCGCAUCAUCGAGUCGGCGCAGGCGUCGAAAGAGGUGUACGUCUACGCGCUCAGCUACGGCACGUUCCUCGUCGAGCGGCUCAUGCAGCUCCAGUCGCCCGAGAUCAAGGGCUACAUUGUGGACAGCAUCGUUUCGCAGAGCAGCCCAAGCUUCAAGAGCAUGUCGACCUUCUCGAAUUGGGACCGCGACGUGGCCAUGGUUGGCAAUCGCUUUCUGGAUCUGUGCCAAGAAGACGCGUUUUGUGGCGCCAAAUUCCAAGGCCGGAACGUCACGGACGUGGCGUGGGCCGUCUACGACAAGCUCGACCGCGAGUACGGCACGAAUGUCAACUUGUGCGCCGACCUCAUGCUGCAGAUCGGGGGCGCGCCCUCCCAGACGCUUCGCUCGCUCUUCGGCUCGAUGCUCAUGAGUCAAAUGUACCGCGAGAUGAUCCCGGCACUCCUCUUCCGCUUUGAGCGCUGCGCGCCCAAGGACGUCAAGGUGCUCCAGAGCUUUAUCGACAUUUACAUCCGCGAAGAAGGCCGGUGGGCCGCAAAGGCCUCAGACGAAGACACGACCUUGUACUACUCGGAGCUUCUCUACGGCCUCAUCGUCUACUCGGAGAUGUGGGAGACACCGACGCCGUCGCAGUCGGAGCUCAAGGCGAUCUUCGAUGCCGGGCUCUUCGGAGGCGCCACGUACUCGCUCGUCGAGCAGUACUGUACAUUCACGGGCUCGCGCGACCCCAACUGCGCCGAGUUUCACCUCCCGAAGAGCCCGCCGUUCGUCUAUGAGCGCGACCAGUACUUCAACAAGACGGCGAGCGUCCCGCGAGGCGCCACGGCGCUCCUCAUGGCCGGCGGCUUGGACCCGCAGACGCGCUGGGGCUACGCGCGUGACGAGAACGCGUCGAUGGUCGGGCCGCACCGGCUCAUUGAGUUCCCGACGUCGGCGCACUGCACGACGUUUACGACGCGCAUGAAGUCGGGCGGCACCACAUGCGGCGUCAAGAUCCUCGCCUCGUACGUGCUCGGCGGCGGCAACCUCGACACAAUCGACACAAGCUGCCAGUCGGACGUCAUCGGCCUCAACUUUGGCGGCGUCGGCGCCGGCUGGCUGCGCUACUUUGGAGUGCUCGACGCCUUUGAGGACGACGCGACGGCCGGUGUGUUUGCGGCUGUCCAGUCGGCGUCUGAAGGCGACAAGAACGACUCGCUCUGGGGCCUCGGCCAGGGCUACAGUCUUGCUAUUGCGACGGCGGCCGUGGCCAUGGGCGUGAUCGCCCUCGUCCUUGCCGUGCGAGUCUCCCGGCGCCACACUGCACCAACGACAAUGACAGUGACAGUGGCAGAGGCGACGAACGACGACGACGAGGAUGAGCUCACGACGCCCCCCGAGCAAGUCGCAGCUGUCGCGUCGCCGGCCGAUACGGUUGCGAUUGUGUAG